CGCCGCGCCAGAGGCACGCGCACUCAGCAGAUUGGGCUGCGGCGGCGGCAGCUGUGGGGAGCUGAGGCGUUCCGUGUCAAAGGUCCCAGACGUCUGCGGCUCCGUCUCCGCCACCCUCAGCCUCUCACCUCAGUAUCCGUGCCGGGUGUUGAGAACGAAACGGCGCCAGCCUUGGGAAUCCAGAGCACACCGCUUGGCUUCUUCCGACACCGCCCUCCUUCCCUACCCAGCUUGGGCCUCGUUCUGUGCUAGGCGACUCCGCGGGGAGGCGGCGGCGACAGUUGCUUGUCUGUGGAGAAGAGUCCUGCCCCACAGCCUUGCUCCGCCGCCGGGCCCUGCAGGGGCCGAGAAAGCUCGGCACCCGUUCUUCCUCUCGCCCUUUUCGUCAACCGGUUGGAACAGCGUCGGUCCGGGAGGUCUCUGAGCUGAGGCGGCGGUAGCUCCUCCAGCUCCAUCAUGUCCGCGGGCGGAGACUUCGGGAAUCCGCUGAGGAAAUUCAAGCUGGUGUUCCUGGGGGAGCAAAGCGUUGGGAAGACAUCCUUGAUUACCAGAUUCAUGUAUGACAGUUUUGACAACACCUAUCAGGCAACAAUUGGUAUUGACUUUUUAUCAAAAACAAUGUACUUGGAGGAUCGAACAAUCAGGCUGCAGUUGUGGGAUACUGCGGGUCAGGAACGUUUCCGCAGCCUCAUUCCCAGUUACAUCCGUGAUUCUGCUGCAGCCGUAGUAGUUUACGAUAUCACAAAUGUUAACUCAUUCCAGCAAACUACAAAAUGGAUUGAUGAUGUCAGAACAGAAAGAGGAAGUGAUGUUAUCAUCAUGCUAGUAGGAAAUAAAACAGAUCUUGCCGAUAAGAGGCAAGUGUCAAUUGAGGAGGGAGAGAGGAAAGCCAAAGAGCUGAAUGUUAUGUUUAUUGAAACUAGUGCAAAAGCAGGAUACAAUGUAAAGCAGCUCUUCCGACGUGUUGCAGCAGCUUUGCCUGGAAUGGAAAGCACACAGGACAGAAGCAGAGAAGACAUGAUUGACAUAAAACUGGAAAAGCCUCAGGACCAACCAGUCAACGAAGGAGGCUGUUCCUGCUAAUCCCUCUUGGCAUCUUCAGCUUUUCUCCAGAAGCUCAUUGCUUUGGCCCCCUUACUCUUUCAUUGACUGCAGUGUGAAUAUUGGCUUGAACCUUUUCCCUUCAGUAAUAACGUAUUGCAAUUCAUCAUUGCUGCCUGUCUCGUGGAGAUGAUCUAUUAGCUUCACAAGCACAAAAAAGUCAGUGUCUUUAUUAUUUAUAUUUUACAAAAAGUCAGAUGAUUCCAGCAUAUUCCAGUGAUAACUUUAAAAAUUAGAUACAUUUUCUUAACUUUUUUUUCCUUUUUAAUGUUUUGAUAAUGCACUUCAAAAUGAUGGAAAUCUCAACCGUAUGUGGCUUGGUUAAGGAACAGUUGUUCACAGCAGCACUUGCCUACCUACUUGACCUUUCCCUGCUUUUUUCACCUCUGUCUUACCCCUGUCUCUAUUCUUAUUACUCUCCCUCCCUCAGAACAAACAAGAGGUGGCAAAGCAGCAGUCAGACCAAGCCCAUUAGAAUUAUCUUCCCGUUUUAGUGAUACUUGCUCUAGGCCUUGGGUCAAUGUGUCCAAAAUUAUUCUUGAGCACUGAUAUAAAUUAUUUAGACCUUAUUUGAGGUCAAAACUCAACUAUCAUGGUAGGCAGUGCUUGAAGUGUUCUGGUGCAUCUUUAAAAUGAGUCCUAAUGAACAUAGUACUUAUAAGUAAUGAACAAAAGUAUAUUUCUGAUCAAAACAAAUAACCCUUUCACAUGUUAGACUCUGGGAGAGAAAAGUAAAAGUGCUCCAGAACAGGUUUUUAAUAUUUAGUUCUUCUAAUAAACUAUCCCAAGAUUUUAAAAUUGUCAAGAUAGAGAUACCCUGUUUAUUUAAAAACAAAAAAACAAAAAAAACCCCACCUUUUUUUAAGCAAUAGAUUUCUCUCUCUCUCUCUCUCUUUUUUUUAAUGCUAUGCAGGCAAGGCACUGUAGAAAUCAAAUUCCUUUAAGAAGAACCAGUGGAAAAAUUUAAAUUUGCCACCUUGAUCAAAACUACUAUACCCAGUAGAAACAAUGAUAUCUAAUGUGUACCAACAAAAGAAUCCUCAACAAAAUAGCAGAUACUUUGUUCAGGAUGUUUGAGGUCAGAUUGAAAACAGCAAGUUUUCCUAUAAGUCCCUAGAGGCAGAUCUGAAAAAGCAUACAUAGAAGAGGGUAAGGAGAGAAUGGAAAUAAAACUCAAUAUUAUGCAGAUUUAUGCCUUAUUUUUUAGCUUUUUUUAAAUGUUGGGUCUUUCAGGCUGGUUUUGCUUUUUAUUAGAUUUGUAUAGUUUGGUUAAUUAACUAGUAUUUAGUUUUAUAUUUAAAGAGCUACAAUUAAUCUUUUUUCUUUGGUGAUAUUUAUUUCUUUGCCUUUUGAAAACUACUUUUAAUUUUUAGAUGUUUUGUUUAAUCUAUUUAGAGCUUCAUCACCAUGGCAAUAUGUAUUUUCCUUAAAACACCGCAAACAAAUAUACUAGGAGUGCACCAUUUUAAUAUUUACUAGUUAUUGUGAGAUUGCUGUGUAAGUUAAUAAACACAUUUGUAAAUACAUUAUUUGCAGGAAGAAAUUUUCUGAGUUACAGCUCAGGAAAAACCUGCUGAAUUUAUGUUGUAAGCAUUACUUAACACAGUAUAAAGAUGAAAAUACAACAAAAAUAUCUUCAUACUUCUUCAUUCCCUCAUUGCAACAAAACCUUUACUGGGAGAACCUUAUUCCCCUGUCUUUCCUCUUUCUCCUCCACUUCCCAUUUAUUAUCACCUUCUAAUAUUCAGAGAGCACUUGGAUAAUGGGACUGAAUAGCGAAAUGUUUUAAGAUAAUCAUUAGCCCACAUACCAGUAACUUAUACUCAAAGAUGGGAUGGAGUUGUAAAGUGCUUUUAUAUUACAAUAUUAUUGUUAAAGGCAAGGGUUGAUUCUUUUGUUUUAUUUUGACAUGGCAUGUCCUGAAAUAAAUAUCAAUUCAAUAUGGCAAAUGGGUCAUAUUCUUUAUUUGGAAGAAGUUGUGAUUUGUGACAUAGGGGUGAUUGAUUUCCUACACUGUAGCAUUUGAUUUUUUUUUUAUGUAUCUUUAAGACAGUAGUAAUCAGUUAUGUUGCUUUUAAUAUUGGUAUUUUUAUUUAGCUUGGAGUUCUUCAACUGAAGCAGUGAAGAGUCUUCAUAUACCAGAUUUUUUUUUUUUAAUAAAUGAAGUUUUGCUGCCAAAAGUAUAUAAAUAAAACACAAAAGAAAACAAUAUUGACUUGAUUUCCCAGUCCUGCCAAAGUGGAGAAUUAGUCUGUACUCUUUAUUUCCUCUCUAGAACUAUAAAGGGGAAUGUAGAAUCCCAAAACAUAAAACAACCAAAAAAGUGAGAAGCCCCUGGGGAGUCAGAAAACUUUUUAGCUGUUAAAGGUGAAGGAGAGUGGCUGCAGCUUGAAAACAAGGCUCCUGAUGGAGGCAGUAACAGGAUGUAUUAAGAAAAGAAGCCCUGGUUGGUGUGGAUGAGUGGAUUGAGUACCAUCCUGCGAACUGAAAAGUUGCCAGUUCGAUUCCCAUCAGGGCGCAUGCCUGGGUUGCUCGCCAGGUCCCCGGUUGGGGGCGUGCAAGAGGCAAUAGGUAGAUACAGCUCUCGCACAUCAAUGUUUCUCUCUCCCUCCCUUCUGUACUCUUUAAAAAUAAAUGUAAAAAAAAUUUUUUUUAUAUUUUAUUUUUUAGAGAGGUGAAGGAAGUGGGAGGGAAACAUCAAUGUGUGGUUGCCCCUCAUGCAACCACACUGGGGGCCUGGCCUGAAAUCCAGGCAUGUGCCCAGACUGGGAAUCAAACUAACGACCCUUUGGUUUGCAGGCAGCACUUAAUCCACUGAGCCACACCAACCGGGGCUAAAUUUCUUUUUUUAAGUAGUUUUGUGUGCCAGGUCCUUGGGGGCUUGUGUUUCUCUUCCUCUCUUUCUGCGUUCCUUCCCCUCUCUCUAAAAAAUAAAGUCUUAAAAAAGAGAAAAAAGAAAUGUAGUUUAGGCCCUGGCCCUUGUGGCUCAGUUGGAUCGUCGUCAUGACGGAAGGGUUGUGGGUUUGAUCUCUGUUCAGGGCACAUGCUUUGGUUGUAGGUUUGAUCCCUGAUUCUCAGUCUGGGCAUGUAUGGGAGGCAACCAGUGCUUCUCUCUCACAUCCAUGUGUCUCUGUCUCCCUCCCUCUCUCCCUUACUCUCUCUAAAAGCAAUGAAAAUAAUGUCCUCAGGUGAGGAUUAAAAAGAAAAAAAAAAGUAGUUUAAAUUCCACUUUUGCCACCUCACUCCUAACCCACCUAUGCCUUGGUACAAGGACAGUAAACUGCCCUCCCACCAAAUCCAAAUCCAGCCUGCUACCUGUUUUUUAAAAUAAGUUUUAUUGGCUCUAGCCUGUUCGCUCAGUUGGUUGGAGCAUUGUCCCAUACACGAAAAAGGUUGUGGGUUUGAUUCCCAGUGAAGGCACAUACUGAGGCUGUGAGUUCAAUCCUUGGUUGAGGCGUGGACAGAAGGCAACCAAUCGACGUUUCUCACAGCGAUGUUUCUCUAAAUCAACGAAAACAUAUCCUCAGGUGAGGAUUAAAAAUUAAGUUUUAUUGGAACUCAGCCAUACUUUCUCACUACAAAGGCAGAGUUGAAUGGUAGAGUUAUGACAGACCUUAGAGCCUAAGAGUUAGAUAUUUACAAUCUGGCCCUUUAUAGAAAAAGGGCUAGCCCCUGCCUUGGUACAAACCAUAGCUGUCCUCUUGACUAUAGAAAACUGAAGCCACAGGCCAGACUACUGGUGCAGGUGUCCACAGGGGUAAUAUUAGGGCAGUAUAAAAUCCCCGCUAAGUGAGGAGUUGAUGAAGCGACCUGCCUGCCUUCGGCCUUUUAGUACUUUCUACCUUUUCCCUUUUAAAACAUCAGUUAGUGGACUGUAAUCUAGGGAAAGUGCUUCCUAUAAGAACUGCCUCUUCUAAACUGGGUUUAAAGGCUUCUUUCUCUUAGCAUAAUGUUUUCAGUGUUCAUCCAUGUUGUAGCAUGUAUCAGAAUUUCAUUCCUUUUUAUGGCUGAAUAAUAUUCCAUUGUAUGUAUAUAUCACAUUUUGUUUAUCCAUUCAUCUGUUGAUGGACAUUGAUGUUUUUACCUUUUGGCUAUUUUAAGUAAUGCUGCUCUGAACAUUGGUAUACAAGUGUCUGCUUGAGUUACUGGUUUCAGUUCUUUUUUAGUAUAUAUGUAGGAGUGAAAUUACUGAAUUAUAUGAUAAUUCUAUGUUCAACUGUGUUUAACUUUUGAAGACAUGCCAAAUUGCUUUUUACAGCAGCUGCACAACUUUACAUUCCUACGAGCAAUGUAUGAGGGUUCCAGUUUCUCAUCAGUACUUUUUAUGUUCUGAUUUUUUUUAGUAAUAGCCAUCCUAAUGAAAGUGUAGUGGUAUCUUUCUCAUUGUGGUUUUGAUUUUUGCAUUUCCUUAAUGAUUAUUGAUGUUGAAUUUCUUGCUAACUGGCCAUUUGUAUAUCUUUUUUGAAGAAAUGUCUAUUCAAGUCCUCUACCCAUUUUUAAGUUGGGUUGUUUAUUUUGUUGUUGAAUUAUAGCUCUUUACAUAUUUUAGAUAUUAAUCCCUUAAUAGAUAUAUGGAUUUACAAAUAUUUCUUCCCAUUCUGUGGGUUGUCUUUUCACUCUCUUAACAGUGUCCCUUAAUU